ACGCGGGAUUAUACAAAUGUGGUCCUGGAGACACAGGAUGAGCCUCCCGUCGUCUCUCUCCCCUAAAAACAUCAUUCAAACAUCUUUUUAACCUCACUUCGCUCUCUCUGCCUUCUGAGCACCGUGACAAACUAGAAUGAGAAGCACAAGGUCCAGAAAGCGGAUAUAGCACCGCUGCAACUCUCUGCCUUGCCCUUUCCUUCUUACUGUGACCUUUGGAUACAAACAAAUGCAACAUGGACAGUUUGUUCCAGGCGGCUGCUUCUCUAAGCCCUCCUCCAGCGCCUGAAACCUCCUCUGGUUCCAAUCUACCCAGAUUACGCAGUGCAACGACCAAUGACCAGCGGUUCCUCUUGCUGUUCAUCAUGGGUAACUAUUUUGGGCCUGAUGUCAAAUCUGAGGAGCCGAGGAAAUCAGCAAAUCAACGUUUGGCUGAGGGUCUACCACCGUACAUAUCUGAUCACUUGGGUGGCUCAUUCGUACAAGUGGCUGAAAUCGAGCGAAUCUAUUUUUACAUUCUGAGAAAUUCAGACCCAUCUGUCCAAGUCAAGCUCGCUUUACUACACAAAUUCUUCCUUGGUCGCCUCUCUUCUCCUGAGCAUGAUGCCAAUGCGGACCCACGACAGUUUCCUGAUUUUUUUCCUUUCCAUUUGCACAGGCAGGCUGUGCAUAGGGGACAACAAAAAGUGGUCGAAAAUAUUGUUUUUAUUCAUGAUCCUGAUGUUUCAUAUGUGAAGCAAGAAGACAUUGGUAGGUUCAAGAAAUUAACUGGACUUGAAAAUGUCUCUUUGGAGAGAGCGGCAGCGAGGGAGUAUAACCCUGGUUUGAGCAUUGAUGGAUUGGAAGAGUGGCAAGCAAAUGGGAAGCUGCCUUUGAAAAGGCCUUCCUCUCGUAGUAACAAUCGUAAGAAGAGGAAAGAGAGCGAAAACCUAAAAACCCGCAUCACACCGAUGUCAAAACUCCUAUCAAGAGGUCAUCAACUGCCUUACACUCCCCCAACUACAGAGAAAUUUUGGCCAGUGGAGAGAGUUGGGCCUGCACUAGUCUUUCUUCCUUCGCAUCCUUCAAGGGAGGAGUGGGAUGCAAUUGCUGGCGCUGCCAAUGGUGGGAUUUCUUUGACUGGGACUGUUGUGGUAAGGCAACCGGGGCCAUUAAUUGGGCUUGUUGAUAUUGGUGUGUCGGAGGAUUCUUAUCUCUUCCGCAUAUCCUUACCUGGUGUAAGAAAGGAUGAGAGGGAAUUCAGCUGUGAAGUCGAAUGUGAUGGGAGGGUGAUGAUAAGAGGGGUGACGACAACUGGAGGCAGGCGGGUAUUCAAGUUCUCACGCGUGUUUGACAUGCACACUCAGUAUCUCUGCCCUUCUGGGGCCUUCACUAUCUCAUUUCAGUUGCCGGGGCCUGUGGAACCCCAAGAAUUUUCAGGAAAUUUUGGGUCUGAUGGAAUUCUUGAGGGAGUGGUCAUGAAAGAAAGAAGGGUGCCAUGAGAAGCAUGUACAUUAUUAAUAAGGUUAGCUGGGAUUCAAACGCUGGACAUUGUGAUGCAGCCGUUAUGCCAAGAGCCCCAACCCCCCCUCUUUUUUUUUUUGUUAUUUCCCCAAGUUGAAUCCCCUUUGUAACGUUUGAUUAUGCUCUGAGGAUAUAACAAAUGCAGUACACAAUUUUCUGAUAUAUU